CUCGUUGGGGUAUCCAAGAUGAAGGACGAACGAACGAAUGCGCGCAAGGAAUGCGAGAUCCUCGUCCAGAACAUCGCGCAGUCGCAUGCGCGGUUGGCCCCAAGCAUUCAAGUCGCGAUUGAGAAUCAAUGGGACAAUGACUUUUCCGAGUGCCUACGGGCUUUCGCUGCCGAAAAGGAGGAAGAAAUUCGAGACGUGUGCAGCUCGCAUUACCAGGAAUUCGUCCAGUCUAUCGAAGACAUUGUGCAGAUCAAAUGCGACGUGAACGACCUCCAGGUUCACAUCGACAAGUACAACAAAGAGCUCGUGGACGCUACAGCUCCCCUCGUCCAAGGAAACGACAUGUUGGCAGCAUGUCGGGAGAUUCGUCGGAAUAUUGACACGUCCAUCGAGCGUCUGCAGCAGUGCCAGCGCAUCGUGGAAUGCACAACAAAAGUAGACAAGUACAUCCAAGCGAACCAACUCUACCAUGCGCUCAAAGUGCUCGAGACGAUCAAAGCAGACAUUUCGACCUUCCGAGGCAAUCGGUUCGCAAAACGCGUCAACAACUGGAUUGCCGCCACGAUGACCCAUUUGCGCGAGUACACGACGAGAAGGACAUCGCUUUGGCUCGAGGACAUUCGAAAUGCAGCUAGCUCCAUUGGUGCCCAGGCCAUGAAGCGCGGGGAAGAGUCUACCGCGACUCUCCCGCUGUCGCAUCUGGCCGACUCGGACUCGACGCUGCACUUGCCUUCGUUGGAAGCACUGAGUCUUCACGCCAAGGACAUCCGCACCAAAAAUGCGUUGCAUGCGGACUACUGCCAACAAGCGCUCGCGCUGCUGGCACCGAUGCUGCGCACGUUGCAUGUGUACAAGUACUUGCACACCACGUCGGAACUCGCCAAGUUCUACAACACCAACCGCAUGCCGCAACUCCAAUUUUCCGCCUUUCUCUCGGGCGACAUUGGGACGAUUUCGGCCGAGAAGUUCGCUGCUCAGCAUGACGAGAUGUUCAAGCGGAUCGUGGGCACGUUUUGCAUGGAGAAGCUUCUUGCUGUGUACUCGAACGAGAGCUUGUUGUCGAAGAAAGAGGUCAAUGCGGCCUGUUUGUCUGUGCUCCAGAGCCUCAGUGGGCUCAUGAUGGCCCUCACGUUGAAGCUCCAGUCUCCCAAGUUAAUUGUCGACAUCAAACGAAAUGCUGCGCUGUGUGCACGCGUGCUGGGCGACGACAUUCACCAGUUCAACACGUCGAUUGUCCUGGACGCGUUUCGCGGCAUGGGCGACUUUUACCGCAAAAAGUGUCGGGUCGACAUGAAAGUGAAACUGCGCGAGUUUUUGCUGCAAGACACGUUCCAGAAAGUCCAAGCAACCAAAAGCAACUACAUCGCAUACCUGCACCUCUGUGGCUUGGACAAGCAAGGCGACGACUUUCUGCGGACGGCCGACUCGAAGGGCAACAUUUACCUUCCUUUCACGGCAGUCGUGCGGCGGAGCUGCGAAGCGAUCCAUGAAAUGAUCGAUAUGAUGUUUGAGUUUGAAAGGCAUUUGAACAUCGCGGACUGGGGCUACUUUGUGCGAGAAGACACGUGUGAGGCCUUGAUCGAGCUCAACGUUGUGCUGAACGAGCUCAUCGAGAACCACACGGACCUGCAGAUUUCCCAGGCCGUCAUCACUGGUGCCAAUUCGUCCUACUUGUCGAGUGCGUGCAACGUAUUCGCGGCCGUCCUUCAGGAAAAGAUUGAUCUGUGGGAAAUGCGCGCGUUGACGGCGCAGACCGCCAAAGGACAACAGCCAAGUGCGGCUGGAUCACGACCCACAUUUACCAUUGCCAUGGCCAAGAAACGACUCGAGAGCACGUCGACUCGAGCCCAAGACAUGGUGUGCGAGAUCAUGGUGAAGAAAAUUGACGAUUUGAUUGCGUCCUUCUACUUUCUCGAAUGGCUCCCCACCGACCCGACAAAGCAGGCGGACCCGUGCAUGAGCGACCUUAUCAACUACCUCCAAGCAUCGUUCACCCAACUGAGCACGCUACCCCUCCCGAUCAAAGACGCUGUGCACUUUGCGUCGUGCAUUCACAUCAACAAAGCGUUGGAGCAAGUGCUCGUGGGCCCAACCGUGAAAAAGAUGAACUUGACGGGAAUGCUCAACUUUAAGCGGAACCUCGAUGCGCUCGUGCAGUACGCUGGAACGUGUGGAGUCGGCCAGCUCAAGGACUGCUUCCUCCCGAUGACACAACUGGUCGACCUGAUCGUGUCGGAUGACUUGGAGCGGUUGGACCAGACUACGUUCAAGAGUGGUGGAAAGUAUACUCAUGUCAUGCCCGAUCAUGUCGCGGCUGUGGUUGAAAAGUUCAAGGAGACCGCGGUAUCGACGGCGUCGUCAUCGUCCAUGUUCUUCAAGAGCAGCAAAUCCAAGGCCGAAACGACGGUCGGCUUGAAGCGAUCGGUCGUCGAUGCCGUCCUCCGGCAGCUCAAGACCAUUGGUCCCAUGCACAAAUGAGCUCGAUGGAAUUUGUGAUUGCAUUCAACAUGUUCAAUUUACUUGCGA